AUGUUUGCUGUGGAAGAUUUCCAGUCCCUCCCUGACAUCAAAAAUCAGUUGCUGAGACCUUUGAAAACAUUAACUGUCGAAAUUGUUAAACUGCCCACCACUGUCACUGAAGGCAACAAGAGAGAUGUUGUGUUUCUAAUUGACGGCACUUCCAAGGUGGGGACAAAUUUUUAUCGAAUCCGUGAUUUUAUUUACAAUCUCAUUCAAAAUUUUGAUGUUGGAGAGGACAAGGAUCGGAUUGGUGUGGUACAAUACAGUGACGAUGCAAGGGUUGAAUUUCCAUUGAAUGCUUACUCAAAUUUCAUGACACUGCUGGAUGCAGUGAGGAGGCUUGGACUCAAGGGCGGUAGAACGCUGAACACUGGCUCGGCCCUGGACUUUAUUAUGAAGAAUGUCUUGACAAAAUCUGCUGGGAGCAGGCGAGAUUUGGGUAUCACACAAAUUCUGGUGCUGAUCACAACUGGAAAGUCUCAAGAUGAAGUCAGGUUGCCUUCAGAGAUUCUAAAACGAGCUGGUGUUGUUACGUUCACAGUUGGAAUAAAUGAAGCAGAUAACAGUGAGCUCCAUCAGAUCGCAUACUCCCCCAAACUAAUUUUUCAAGUCAAUGAUUACUGGGAUCUUUCGGAUUUGGACUUGCAGCUCCUCACUGUUCCUAAUCCACAGAUGGGUGAAAGCGUUGAAAUACCAUCCGCCACAACAGAAGUUGAUAAAAGGGAUAUUGUUUUCCUAAUCGAUGGAUCUGCCAACAUUGGGAAAGGUUUUCCCAUAGUUCGUGAAUUUCUGUCCAGAAUGAUUGGAAACUUUGAUGCUGGUGAGGAGAAGGUCCGAUUUGGGGUGACCCAAUUCAGUGAGAAUCCGAGAACUGAGUUCCUUCUGAACACUUAUUCCACUAAGAAUGAAAUGCUGUCUGCCGUGAAGAAGCUUAAACUCAAGCGAGGGAAGAAACUCAAUAUCGGUGCAGCCCUCGAUCACGUGAUGAAGAAUGCCUUUGCUGCCUCUGCCGGAAGCAGGCUGAAGAGCAGUGUUCCGCAAAUCCUACUGCUCCUCACUUCUGAAAAGUCAAGGGAUGAUAUUUCACAGCAGGCAGCCAAGCUACGAGAAAUGGGCAUUGUGACAUUUACGGUUGGGGUGAAGAAGGCUAAUCAAGCACAACUGGAGCAGAUAGCAUAUGCUCCCAAGUUGGCUUUCUCCAUGAGCAGCAUCCGGGGUUUGUUUGACAUCGAACACCAGCUUCAGACCAUCAUGAAGUCAGUGGUCGUUGAAGUAGUUGAAAUACCCUUGAAAGAUCAGUCUCACUAAAUAACAUGCCAGACUACUGCAAUGAAGAUGCAUGACAUUCAGCCUCUUCACAAUACGCCUUGGUGCCUACAAAGAAUGAACAACUCACAUUCCAAAGAAAUUGCAUUUCACCCACCAGCACUUACUUUUCCACUCACAAUAAUUUCCUGCUAAUAUACUUUAUCAAUACAAGGCUGUCUGUGUUUCUGAAGUAUUUUAUUAAAUACCUGCAGCUUGUAGUUAAUGAAGAUAACAUACAAAGCAUUUAACAUGGUAAUGAAACUAAUACACUGCAUUGAGUGCUGGAUUUGAUAGUUUCAUUACUACAGUUUUAUGUCACAACAAACUAACAAGGUAAUUACAAGCUAUACUCAUGAAUGUAGAAAUAAAGUCUGAGGUACUCUGUUUGGAGGACUCCCACCAGACUUAUCUUCCUCUCGGAGCAAAGCUCACCACCAGCUUAGGUUGAGUCUCAACACAAGGAGCUUUUAUUAAAAUCAUUCAUAAAGACAAA